AUGGGUUCUUUCGAUGGAUUCAAGAAAUAUCUUCUGAUUUCAUGUUUUAUUCUUGAAAUUACUCAUGCGUAUUAUCUUCCUGGUAGUUUCCCUCAUAAAUACGAUGUGGGUGAUCAAUUAUCGGUAAAAGUGAACUCUUUGACCUCCAUUGAUACGGAAAUUCCAUAUGGGUAUUACAGUUUACCUUUUUGUAAGCCUCCUGAAGGCAUCAAAGAUAGUGCUGAGAAUCUUGGUGAGCUUCUAAUGGGAGAUCGAAUUGAAAACUCACCAUAUCGGUUUAAGAUGUACAAGAAUGAAACCGAGAUCUUUUUAUGUAAAUCGAAUCCGUUAUCGCAUGAUGAAUACAAAACCCUGAAAGAACGAAUCGAUGAAAUGUAUCAGGUUCAUUUGAAUCUUGAUAAUCUCCCAGCCAUUAGGUAUAUGCAUAGAGAUGGAUUCUUUGUUAGAUGGACAGGUUAUCCUGUUGGAAUAAGGGUUCAAGAUGUUUAUUAUCUUUUUAAUCACUUGAAGUUUACGGUUUUGGUUCAUAAGUACGAACACGAUAAUGUUGUCGGUGUUGUUGGGACUGGGGAUGGAGCCGAACUCAUCACACCGAGCAAUGAAACGGUAGGUGGUGAUGGUUACAUGGUUGUGGGAUUUGAGGUCAUUCCUUGUAGUGUUAAACACGAUCAAAAGGAUGUUGCACCGUAUGGUAAAUAUCCGUCUUCGAUCAAAUGUGAUCCGAGCUCGGUAGAGAUGGCGAUAAAGGAAAACGAGCGGGUGAGUUUUACAUAUGAGGUUUCAUUUGUUAAGAGUGAUAUAAAGUGGCCGUCGAGAUGGGAUGCGUAUUUGAAGAUGGAAGGUGCGAAAGUUCACUGGUUUUCGAUCUUGAACUCGUUGAUGGUGGUGACUUUUCUAGCCGGUAUUGUUCUAGUGAUAUUCUUGAGGACGAUUCGAAGAGAUUUGGCUCGUUAUGAGGAGUUAGAUAAGGAAGCUCAGGCACAAAUGAAUGAGGAGUUAUCGGGAUGGAAGCUCGUGGUGGCUGAUGUUUUUCGGUCACCUGAAAACUCUGGAUUGCUAUGUGUCAUGGUGGCAGAUGGUUGUCGGAUUCUUGCAAUGGCGGUUGCCACAAUCUUUUUCGCUGCUCUCGGGUUUAUGUCUCCGGCUGCCCGUGGUUCCCUCAUCACAGGAAUGCUUAUGUUUUAUAUGUUUCUUGGUGUCGUUGCUGGUUAUGUUGCGGUAUGGCUAUGGAGAACACUAGCAGCCGGUGAAAAUCGAGGAUGGUUUUCAGUCUCGUGGCGUGUCGCUUGUUUCUUCCCGGGUAUCUCCUUCUCAAUUAUGACGGUGUUGAAUUCGCUCUUGUGGGCAAGUCAAAGCACCGGUGCUAUUCCAUUUACGACGUUUUUGGUUUUGAUCUCACUCUGGUUUUGCAUCUCAGUACCGCUGACGUUAAUUGGGGGAUUUGUGUCAACAAAGGGUAGAUAUCUCGAGUACCCAGUUCGCACAAAUCAAAUCCCUCGAGAGAUCCCAACUCAAAAAUUUCCUUCUUGGAUCUUAGUUUUAGGAGCCGGGACUCUCCCAUUUGGGACUCUUUUUAUUGAACUAUUCUUCAUUAUGUCGAGCAUUUGGCUCAGUCGAGUUUAUUACGUUUUUGGGUUUCUAUUCAUCGUAUUUAUCUUGCUCGUGACGGUUUGUGCCGAGGUGUCAUUGGUGCUGACUUACAUGCACCUUUGUGUUGAGGAUUGGCGGUGGUGGUGGAAAUCCUUUUUUGCAUCUGGUUCGGUCUCUCUUUACGUGUUCUUGUAUUCGAUUAAUUAUCUGGUUUUCGAUCUCAAGAGCUUGAGUGGGCCCGUAUCAGCGAUGGUUUACUUGGGUUAUUCGUUGUUCAUGGUCACGGCUAUGUUGCUUGCUACAGGUGCGGUCGGCUUUUUAACAUCUUUCUUCUUCGUCCAUCGGCUUUUCUCUUCUGUUAAAAUAGACUGA